AUGACUCUCUCGCCCGGGAGGCUCUGGAGCUGCCCCAGGGGAGCGCCGGCACACGCGGCCCCGCAGCCUGCCGGCGUAAAUACCGCCCCAUGGGCCGCGGAACUGCCGGUGCCCCGGCGGAGGAGCAGAGCCCGCCGCUGCCGGCAGCGCGCAGGGCCAGACCCCGGCGGGCAGGGCCGCGCCAGGCCGCGAUCGGCCGGGACCCCCGGGCCGCGCCCCCGCCCCGUCCCCGCAGCCCCUCGGCCGGGAAAGGCGCCGUCAGCGCCGAGGCCGCAGCCACCGCCUCCUUCCCGGUGGAAGGAGCCGACCGGGAAGCGGCCCCGCUCCCCUCCGGGCGGCUCGGGCCGGGGCCGACCCCCGCGGACUCCAUCCCCGGAGCCCAGUGAAAGGUUCCCGCCGGCUGCGGCUGAGGGCGGCUCCCCGACCGCAAUUCGGCCCCGGGGCAGGGGAGGGCGGCAGCUGGCGGGAAAGGCCGCCACCGCCCCAGGGAAGGCAGCACGGGAACCCGCGGCCGGCACCGAAGCCUCAUCCCGAGGACUUACUGCGGGCGGGCGCGGAUCGAGCGGGAGGGCUGCGGAGAGGAUGCUCGGCGAGCUCAGGGUAACACCCCACUACGAGUCGAGCGGCGGCGGCUAUUUAAAGGGCCGCCGCGGGGCUGAGGCGGCUGCUUCAUCCCGGGCACGGCGGGCGAGGCCGCCCCCGGCUCCUCCCUUCCCCGGAGGCCGGCGCACAGCUCGCCCGCCCUUCCCGCCGCCGGCGAAUGGGCGCGGGACACCUCAGGCGCCGGCCCGCGCCCGCCGCCGCACGGGUGGCUGA